AAUAAAAUCCUCACUCCUAAUCCCGCCCACUCUUUCCACAUGACCACGCAGUUAAAAAUCAAGGAGUGGAGAGUGCUUUUAUCAUUGCCGAUCUGCAUCUUUGUCGGUAACUUAACAUGUUCUGCUCUUAUUUUCUCUCUCUCUUCCUGCUGAUGUCGCUGGGAGCUGCAGAGAAACAGAAAGUAGUAAUUGGGACCAUUGGUUCGUCGGUUUUCCUGGAUCCCGAACACCAAAGUGAUCUCAGCGGGAGUGAAAUUUUAUGGACCUUCACCGGCAGCAACAAAAGCCCUGUUAUUAUUUUGGAUUACCUUCCAGAUAAAACUGUGGAGGAACCAAAUGAACAAUUCGGAUCCCGUUUACAGUUUAACGUUUCUACCGGCUGUCUGUUGGUAGACAGGACAAAACCUGAGGAUCAAGGCUUUUAUAAUUUUUUUAUAGAUGGAAGAAGAACAAAAACGAUACAAUUGCUUCUCUUUGAAAAGCUUUCAAAAGCUUUGAUAAGGAGCUACAGUGGCCCCAGUUACUCCAUCCAACUUGCCUGUGAGGUUAAAGGACAUCCACAGAAAUAUGAAUGGCUCAGAAAUGGAAGAGAAAUCUCCCAGCGUCACUGGCUAAUUAAUGAAAACAGAAGCCUCGUCAUCUUGACUGACUUGACAGGUGAAUGUGGAACGUACACCUGUGUUGCCUCCAACCCUGUCAGCUCUGCGCAGGCAGAUUACACCUUAAAUCCCCCAGAUGCUUCUGGUGAAGACUGUAUAAUUAUUAUUGCAUCAAUCGCAGGACUGGUAUCAUCUUUGGUAUCUCACAGUGGAUUCUUGGUUCUGUCACGUUUGGAGAAGAAUUCAAAGCGAGUGUUUCAGAGCCUCAUUAUUUGCAACAUUUUGUCUGUUGUUGCUACCUUUGCUGCCCUCAUCUCCUGGAUUGCGAUUAAAGGUGCUGCCUUUAUAUCUGUUGUUGCAUUAUGCACUGUCUCUGCCCUGUUUUUGGCCAUAAUUACACCAAAUGUUGUUCUGAAAUUUGGCUGUUCCUUUAAUGAGAAAUUCCAAAGAACAAAAGAUUCUCAACCUUUCAUUGCCUUGAGUGGUUUCAUCAUAAUUCCCAUUUCAAUCACUGUCAUAAAGGAAGAGAUUCAGCAAAACGAAGAACAUUGUCGCACCAGUGUCUUAGCAUGGAGCAUACCGAUUGCAUUAUUGGUCAGCUGUGUUAUCAUAAUGGUUGUGUUCCUUGCAACAUAUUGCUGGAAAUACAACAGCAAUGAAAAUGGAAGCAUUGAAGAAAGACAACAGAAUAAUGAAGAAUCGUCAGAUUUCUGUAAUCCUGACUCACAGCAGGGUGCUUCAGCAGAUUCUCUUCAGGCUCUUCAAAAUGGACUUGAGUAACAGAGGGAAAAUCUUUAUCCAUCAACAGGGCAAAUACUUUACUUCACUCCUAUGGAAUGGCACUGAUUUCAAGCACAUUGUCACAGCAUUACUGUUACAAAUGAGCAAAUCUGAUGGACAGAAAGGUCCAGAAUCGCCAAUGCACGCCCCCCGCCCCCACCUUUUGAGAAUCGCAAGAUCGCUAUUAUUUCGGGUCUGAGACCCAGGAAAUGAGAGAGAUACACAUCAUGUCAGAAAACAGAGAGAGAGAGACGCAGGAUCACAGCAAAGGCAGUUGUUAUAGACAACGCAGAAUACACAACCAGGUGGAAUGUCUCCUAACAAAAGCGGAACAGAACAACUGAUUACUGCUAUUGUCUCUUGGAGAAGGAAUAGUGUAUUGAGUACUGUACUAUUCAUUGAAACCCCUCGGGACAACCAAAGUGGUCUGGUUGAGGGAUUGCAUCAUCCCAACCUGAUUGACAUCUGAGACCCCGUGAGUGAGGAUAAAAGUCGGGUCUGCGGAACACCCCUCAGACGCACCAGGAGAAAUGCUAGAAAUCCAGUGACAGCGUUUUAUAGCGAAAGCCGGUGAGAGCACGUGUGCAACCUCCCUUGCCUGGGUGACGGGCACAUCACAGAAGAAUGGUUUAGCUAAAGGAGAGGUCAUACUUGAACGGCCACAACAACAAGACACCGACAGAUUGAAAUCAUAAAGGAAGGUUGGCAAAAACAAUAGCGGUAACUGUUCCCAUUCUUCUAUCUCUCUCUCUCUCUACAACAAUUGCAACACAGUAACAAACAAACACUGGAGCCUGUAUGAACUGAAAUGAACUUUAUAUUUCCAUCGGACAAUUCAUUAUCCCCUAGACAACGACAGAGCUUAUUUCUUAUUGAUUAUUAUUAUACCCGCACUUUUAAGUUUAGUAUUGACGACGUAUGUUAUCUCUAUAUUUGCAUUGAGAUUAUUUUUGUGUAUUUUUACUAAUAAAUACUGUUAAAA